GGCCGGCCUGGAAGGCGACCGACCAUCCCCUCGCCGCUCCACCAUGAUGCUGUACCUGCUCUUCCUCGUCCUCUUCCUCGGUACCGCGAGCUGCCUGACGGCCAACGGGCCGACAGAGGAGCCGAGCCCGGCGGGCGGGACCCCGACCCCCACGAGGGCCGGCGCCGAGAUGAAGAUUUCUUCGGCUGCAGGUCCGACCCACGCCGUCAACCUGACGCGCCACCUGGUGGACGAACUGGGCAACAACCAGACGUUCGUCGCAGAAGACGACGAAGCGUUUCAGGACCAGGACGACGAGUUCCUGGACCGACGUUGCCAGGAGGGGGCGCUAGAGGAGUUCAGUCACAGCUACUGUGGGGAACGCUUCCACACAGAGAUGGAGUCCGUCCGCCCGGAGGACUGGUGCACGCUCACAGAGGUCAUCAGACCUUACAAUGAGAUGAUGCUCUGCUUGGAGAAGCUCUCUUCUCUGGUUGGCUGUUACUACCCAAACCCCGUCGUCCAGGACUUCUUCCUCUCCGUCCACUCAGGCUACUUCCACAACUGCUCCCAGGAGGAGCUCCUGGUGGCGGACGCCCCCCACCAGCUGGUGGUCGCCCUCACGCUGGUCCCCGUGAGCAUCAUCCCCGCCCUGGUCUACCUGGUGGUUUGCAAAAGUAGCGUCAAGGAGUGAGUCGUGUUGCACUCCAGAAGUUAUGGAGCAGAACUUAAAUCUAAAAGUUGGUGAUAUAAAUCUCUUUUUUUUUUACAUUGAAUUUACAUGACAUGGUCUAUACUUCACGUAGGGACACACGACGCAUGAAUAUGUUCACAUAGUUAAAGUGCCACCUAGUGGCUGAACUGGACUUUGUCGAAUCCGCCCCAAACUUGUCGCGCUCGUUACAAGUCGCGGCCCGAGUCGAGUUCGACCGGCGCGUCCUCGGCCGAGCAGGCCGGCGUCCCGCCAGCUCCCCCGACCGGCGCGGGUGAGCGAGGACCCGUUCGACGCUGCUUGCAGCUUUAAUUUUAUAUGCGUUUUGCUUUUAAAGGAGCAGUGUGUCGGAGUUAGUCGAUCCAGUGGUGAAGUAACCAGCUGUUAAAGCUCUACACUGGCCCUUUAAAUAUGAAUUCAAAAUCAGUUAGCCUAGCUUAGCAUCAUAUUAACAUUAUAUGUUGUUUGUCUGUGAAUAAAAGCUUUAAUAUUUGAGUGUCUUCUACACUGGAAUACAGCACUCGAUGAAAAACAUGUAUUAUAUAUAAAUACUAUAUAUACCUUUAGUAGUAUGAUAUCGAGGAUUUCUAUUUUCAGUAAAUAAAGCCUGAAAUCUGUUCUACUUGUUCUUGUUUUAGGAGGUUGACAUUGUCAAACCUUUCUGAUGACUAAAUAAUACAAAUAUAUAUUUUCUGGGUACAUUUGAAAAAAUUCUGCUCAAUAUUAUACAUUUUUUUAAUUUUUACUUUUGACUUACUUUUAUGAUAAUGAAUUAAUGUAUGUGUUGACAUAACUCAGACUUCUCUUCAUACAAGGUGUUUUGUUUCUUAUUUAAAGAAGCAGUUUAUUCAUGGAGCGGUGAGGAGACAACGACCUCAUCACCUCUCUGUCUUAUUGUCCUCAUUUUCUUUCUUUUUGUAAAUGUUUAAAGUUUCUCUGAGUUAAUUAUCGGUUAAUGUAUCUCUGAGUGACAUAUAAAUAACAUCUAAUCACAUAUAUAAUUCAGAAAUGUGUGUGUCUGACGUCUUUAUCUUUAAAUAAAACAAAAUCCAGA